UCUUGCCAUCUUGUCGAGUGGUUGGGGUAGAAGAGUGGCAGCCAGGAGUUAGCAGCCUGUUAGCUUACUGCCGCUGGGGUAAACUGGUUAUCUGUCAGCUAGCCGCUAGUAGCAGCUGCCAAAAGUAAGCUGUCCACACGGCGAGAGGCAAAACUUCACUGACUUUGAGACGUUUUCUCCGUCUACCGCUGGAUUAUAUUUUCUUUUUCAACAGCCAGUGGAUUUGUUUACAUCACGAUGUCGCACAUGCUGGUACCGAGGUAGGGAAAACUAGCUAACAUCAGCUAACUCAGCUAGUCGGCGAGUAACACAUACAACGCUAGCUGAGAGAGAAGAGUGGUCUGUGAGACCGGGCCCGCCUCAGACUAAAGUACCGGUGGCAGCUGCUGAACAAGAACUUUGACAAGGGCCUGUUUGCAACUCCGCUGCCGAGACGCAAGGAAGGCCGACCCGGGGUGUCAGAGGAGCCGGAGUAGGAGGGACAGCGGUCGCCUGUGUGCUGCGACCGGACACCGCCGAACAUUUUGUGAGUUUCGCAGGGUCUGGCCCCGGUUGUGACACUUUUCUCCGACACGAGAGAGGAAGAGGAACGGUAUGGAAAUGUCCUGUGACGGUACGUGUCUGUGUCAUAUCCCUCAGCUGUGAAUUACUUCGCAAGACAUUAAGUCCAGCACUUUGUUUCAUCUGGGUGGGGGGCAGACGGACUUGACGCAGAUAGUCAACAUGUCGAAAAUGCCGCCUAAGAAGAAAAGUUGCUUCCAGAUCACGAGUGUAACGCAGGCUCAGGUGGCGGCCAGCAGCAUCACCGACGACACCGAGAGCCUGGAAGAUCCGGACGAGUCCCGGACAGAGGACGUGUCGUCGGAAAUAUUUGACGUUUCUCGGGCCGACAUGGGGGUGUGUGAGAGGAGUUCAUCGGAGGAAACCUUAAACAACGUCGGAGAGCAUCAGGAGGGCCAGCCGUCUUCCACAGGUCCUGUCAACGGGGGGCUCAAUUAUAAAAGUAUAGGCACUACUGGUCGUGUCACCCCACAUAAUUUAGGAGGAAGUGUGCCUGUGCCAGCUACAGCUCAACCCUUUGUUCCAAGCUCAGCCACCCAUCCCUCCACAGUCAUCAAUUCGGCCCCUGCUGCCACUGUCUCUACUAAUGUGGCUCACACUGCUCCUGUGAGCACCAGCUGUAGUUCCCGUUUCAGGGUCAUUAAACUUGACCAUGGUACAGGAGAGCCCUUCAGACGGGGCAGGUGGACAUGCACUGAGUUCUAUGAGAGGGAUUCGGAUUCAAAUGUUAAUCGAACUGUGGAUAGCAUAAAGCCAACUGUAACCCUUGAUCACAGUAUAGACAGGGACAGUGGGCUAGGGGCCACGAGUAACUCUGUGGUUACUAGCAGUGCUUUUUCUGCACAGGCUUCGGAGACCACCGCAGACAGUGGUUAUUCCACCGGGCACCCCGCCCACCCCCACCCUUCAGAGCCUCUGCAGCAAGGCUACAGCUUGGCUCCUCAGAUAGGGAGCGGGGCAAGUGCCUUCCAGCCCACUGGGUUUACAACUACAGCAUCACAGCAACAACAACAGGCUCAAGUCAAUAUGCAGCCUGUUGCUCCCCAAACCUUCCUCUCUAACAGCCUCAAUGGUGUGCACCAAGGUGCCAUGAAGCAGUCUCCCAUUAUGCCUCCUGCCACGCAGGCCCAGCAGUUUGCCUAUUCUACUCAUCCCACUGGCCUCUCACCUGGCCAGCCGGACUAUCGUCAGCAGCACUUAGGCUCAAGCACUCAGAACUUUGCCAUGUCGGCCCUCUCUGUGGGGCCUCCAACCAGCCAGGUACCCUCGCCUCUAAUCACCAGUGCUGGUCCCGGAGCCCAAGGGCUGGGCGGAGAGGCAGGCCCAGCCCAGGGCCUCUUGCUGCAAGUGGGUAAUGCUCCAACCAUGGCCCCCAUUCUUCCAGGAAGUGGCCAACAGCAGCAUGUCAGCCAGACGCAGCCUUCAGGAGGGAUAGGCAUUGCACUUGCACCUUCCACCACAACCACCUCCCACAGCAGUGUCCAGAACGCACCUGCCACAGUGCCCACUACCACCAACACCCCCUUGGUAGGAGCCCACGGAGGUGCCACAACAGGCCUUCCCGCCGGCUUCACCAUCCAGACAGAAGAUAGUAGGCAGAAGUCUGAUGCCCUACCUCAGCCCAGUGCCGGUGUGGUGCCGGGGAAAGAUGGUGUAAAUCCCUUCAUCGGCGAGGGCCUCAACCUGCCCACUCCCGUCAACAGCUUGUUUGGCAUCCAUAUUACCAUGAAUGUGGAUGAGGACAGUGCAUCUGGUGCCAGCGUUGUUGCCAUCGAUAACAAGAUUGAGCAGGCAAUGGACUUGGUGAAGAGCCACCUGAUGUAUGCUGUUCGCGAGGAGGUGGAGGUGUUGAAAGAGCACAUCAAGGAGCUGUACGAGAGGAACUCCGUGUUGGAGCGAGAGAAUGCCGUACUGAAGUCGCUGGCCAACACGGAUCAGCUCGGCCAGCUGUCCAGUCAGCUCACCCAGGGCAGCAGCACUUCGCCGCCGCUGCAGCAGCAGCAGCAACACCCGCUCGUAACAAACAACAACAACACCCCCUUGGUGCACCACGAGGGCAGUCAAAGCGUCCCCCAUCAGCCCAACAUAACCUCGGCGUGAUCCCCCUUCCCCCAGUACACAUGCUCAAACACACACCACCCACGGACAGGAGUCGAAGAUCCUGUUAGUAAAGACAACAACUGCUACCGUCCCCUUAGCUCCAUAAAGCAAAAGGCUCGGCUCUGCGUUCAAUAUGCUCCAUUUGAGGAAAAAUCAACAGCGACAUCUUUGUUUGCCACCAAGAGCCAUGCUUUAGUGUGUGCACGUUGCCGUCACCGGGCCUUCACAUUAAGACAUUUACCACCCCUUAAAGUCUUAUUCUGUCCCUGUGUUUGGCUGCAAGAAAGCUGAAAAAGAAGGUGGGGCAGGUGAGCUAGUGCACACCAUAAAACUGCAUGCUUUUCUCGUGCAGAGAGAGAGAGGUGGGAGGGGGGUGGGGGGGUCAACAAGUGGUGGAAGAGGACGGUGCAAUCCUUCGAGGGGCCCGAUGAGGGUCCUGUAACAUCCAGCAGGGACUGUCCUCUCUGUAUCCCCACCCCACAUCACUCUCUGGUCCGGACGAGGCCAGAGAACUGAGGUGGGCGGGGGGAGCGGGGGAGAAGAUUCAUCCUCCCUGAGUGGAGGAGGACGCCAGCGGGCGCCUCGGCUUGAGUGGAGUGAGUUGAGAGCCUCGGCUUGUUAUAUGCUGCAACAAAAGCUUGUGUUGUUUUCUCAGAGCCACCGUACUUUGACAUGAAUCAUAAUACUUUUUCAUUAGUUCAGUUUUAGUAUUUGCAUUAUUUAUUUCAGGGCUGCUAUUUUCAUAAUGUAAAUGAACAAUGUCAUGGAGAUACUUAUUAAAAACAAAAAAGAAACAUUUCUCUUUGGUCUUUUGGUAUUUUAGAAUCUGUCAGGUAUUAAAUUUGGUAGUCUCUUGCAACAAGUAGAUCUCAGUAAGUAGGCAAUAAGUUCCAUAAUAGAAAUUUUUCUCUUCAUGAAAUAGUGCUAACACUAAAGCCGAGCUUACAUUAGGUGAAAUCCAGGUUGAAUGUAUAUUUUGUAAAGUGUAAAGUAUUAAGAGCAAGGAGGGUUUGUACAGGAGAACACCUGUUGUUAAGAUGUGAUGGGAUGUUUUGAUAAAGAAAACUAUUAAUUUACUUUUUUUCUUUCUUUUUUUUUUUUUAAGACUUUCUUUGUCAAAGCAGAAAAACAGAAAUUAAUUUGGGGGUUUGGUUGGGGUAUGAAAAGCUGUGAAAAUUGUUCGACCUACUUUAUAACCAAAGACGCAAAGCUGUGUAAGUCUUUUUUUUUUUUUUUUUUUUCUCUUUUCUUUCCAUUUUUAAAUGCACACUCAAUUUUUUUUUUUUCUACUCUCUCCUUUCCUAUAUUUUUUUUUUGUCGCUGUUUUGCAUGUUCUGCAUGAUCUAUAAUCAAACCACUUUCUUACCUCAUGUUUUUAUCCAGCACUCUUUAUUUCUCUGUCAGUCUGUGAAUGAUUGUGAAAGGAUUAACGAAAGAGAAAGGGAACAAUGGGCAUAGAGGGUGAAGUAAGUAGUUCGAGGGGGAAAGAAUAAUAAAUAAUAAUAAAAAGAAGAAUGGAAAGGUGUUCGUGUCGGACGGAGGGGAAAGGGCCUUGUGCACAAAACGGUCAGAAAAGGAGCCAUCUUUUUUUUGUUUUCAUGUAAAUGCUGUGUUUGAGUUUCAUAUGCAGAGAAAAGGUUUUGUUACAUUGCAGAUUUUAAUGUAUUUAAUGAAUGCAGCAUCUAGAUUUCGAUUGUAGUGUACCAACACUUCGCUUACAAAGCAACAAAAAUAACAACUAGGCAACAAUAUCCACACAAAAAAAAGAAGCAAAACGAUAGAAGCUAUUAAACAUUUCACACCUAGAAGCUGGAACCCAGUCGAUUUGUGUGUGAGCAUAUUAUGGGAUGUCCUGUCUGUGUCACGUCCUUUGUGCCUCCUGUGCCGUCGUCUGCUUUCGCCAGGCGAUCCGGUUUCUUUCUCUGUGGCUUAGAACCAAACCAAAAUGCUUGGUAAUUGUACAAUCAGUCAUCUUUCUACAAGAUGGACUCUUUUGAUUUCCUUUCUUUUUUCUUUUUGCAAAUGGGCUUAUUUCUUUUCUCUUUAGAGUAUUUUUUUUCCUGUUUUUCUUUCAUUUGAAGGAGAUGCCGUGUACAUGCCAAGUGUACUGUAUGAAAGUGAUCACUGAGCCUUGGAGAAAAUAUCUUAACAAUGCCCUUGUAAUGUGCUGUUCAGACAAUUUUAGUUUUGAGUCAAAAAUAAAUUACUGUUUUAUUAAGAGAA